GGCAUGCGUGCGGCCCUUGCAAACGGCAACAGCUCGACAGGCGUUUACAUCGCUUCCGAGAUUCUGCUCCUCGGCGGCUUCAGUGCGAUCUGCNAACCCAUUCCUGCGCUUUUGACGCGUGUGGCGGGCAAAUGUCAGAAGAGGUCCUUCCAGCAUGCAGACAAUAAGAUUCAACAGCACAUACUGCUCUUCUGUCGCCUUGUCGUAAUUCUUGCGGGCAUCUUUAGCGUCAUCGCCUCAACAAAGAUCAGCGGUAAUGAGAGUCAGAGUACAGCAAACAGCAUCGAACAUUACAGGAUUGCCAACGCUGCACUCAUCAUCGGCGCCAUCAGUGUCUCUGCGCUCAUUGCAGUCAACCUCAUCCAGGCAGGUCUUCUUCAGAUCCUUGCCGUCGUCGUCAUUGUGAUUCAGUGUGGCUUACUUAUCAUCACUACAUCUUACAAGCUAGGCAGCACGCUGGAUCCACCCGGCAAAACCUCCCGCUCCGGCAAAAUUGUCUUUUACAUACUGAUUGGAGUCAUGGACUGGCUCAUCACUCUGAUAUUUUUCGCUGUCAAUAUCAACCAGCUCUUCCCUCUUCGACUCGCAAAAACCUUUGACGCCUCGAGCGUUAAAGAGCAAGACGAGAAGAUAGUCGCUGAUUCGCCCAAGGGUACUCACGAGCGCCUUUCAGGUGAAUGUGUAUAGAUUCUGGUGAGCUUGCGNAAUGAUACAUAAUCCGUNUUUGCAUGCAAACUGCUCGAUGCCAGCGCA